UGCCAUCGCCAACGUCCCAGCCAUACCCAUCACAACGCGACGAUGCCUCUGGGAGCUCACUUGUUGCACGCCACCCUAAGCGCCGCGGAGUAGCGCUUUCUUGUGCGGAAUGUCGGAGGCUGAAGCUAAAGUGUAGUCGCGCGUUUCCGUGCAGGAACUGCGUCAAAAAGGGUUGCGCAGCUAUUUGUCCUGAUGGAUCGCUCACUACGGGCAAAGGCAACAGGUUUGUGCUUGCCAACACAGAAGCACUGCACGAGAAGAUCAACAUCCUGGCCAGCCGCGUGCGCCAUCUUGAAGAUGCGCUCUCGGAAUCACACGCCCUUACAGCCCAUACAGCCCAUCCACUUCUAAGCGAAGAACUUUUGCAAAUAAAACGCCCACUAGAACGAGAAAGGCUGGAUGUUCCUGCACAAGAAGAAAAACCAGAAACAGAGGAUACAAUCGAUUCUUUGGGAUCUCUGUCCAUAUCAAAUGACGGGCGGUCCACAUUUUUCGGCCAAACAGCAAAUUCAUGGGAUCUCCUUCAGGUCGAAGGGGAUUCCGAUAACGAUGAAGACUCGCUCUCGAACGGACUUCAAUCGCCCGGGCCAACAGAUCUUUCUUGGCUCAGUCAUGCAUUUCCCUUCGCAGCUCCAGUCGGAAAGACGGCAGAGUCUGUUCGACAAACGAUUGUAAAUAAGCUCCCUCGAUUCGUCGAGGCGAGAGCGCUUUCUGACAUCUAUUACCGCCACGCCGCGUGGAUGUAUACCCCAAUUACUGCCAGAGAUUUCAACGAGACGAUUUUUCGACACGUUUACGACACUGAAGGAACUUUCGACCCCCUUACAGCGCAACAAUUGGCUGUAUUCUGUAUGGUCCUGGCCCUUGGAGCUUUGCUGGAUCUAGACAAGCCUGCACACUCGCCUGAGGCGAUGCAAUAUUAUCACCUCGGCCGUGCUGCGCUGUCGAUAGACUCCGUUCUUGAGGAGCAAUCGAUCACCGGCAUCCAAGCACUGGUGCUUAUGUGCCACUUCAUGUUCCUAUCGGAGAUGGGCGGCCCACGAUGGGUACUCAUGGGAAUUGUCGUGAAAUUAGCGCAAAGUGUUGGACUUCGUCGAGAUAGUGGGAGGUGGAAACUCGACUCGGAGCAAACGGAAAAAAGACGCAACUUGUUCUACGAACUGCUUACUUACGAUUCAUGGCAGGGUUUGACAUUCGGGCGACCCCCAUCGCUCUCGACCGCGCACAUCGAUAAUCAGCUGCCGCCUGAACCGAUGAAGAAAGGUGACGGCGAACAGGAGAUGGAUUGCACAGCCUGGAAGCACCGAUAUUCGGCCCAAUGUCUUAGUGUGGUACACGAUCAAGCUUUUGGGGCACGGACACCCAACUACAGGGUCAUACAAGAUCUCGAUAGGAAGGUGCGCACUUGGUACGUGCCGCCGAACCUACAGGUACCUGGGUUCGGCAGCGCGAAGAUCGUCACCAGCGAGGUCGAGCAACCUACCGUUGAACUGACGAUGCAGAGGUAUAUUGCCUUCGCUAUCAAAGAAAUGAGUCUCUUCUACAUGCAUAGAGGGUUCUUCGCUCAGGCUCUUGAAGAUAGCCCCGUCGAUCCGAUGGGCAGCAAGUAUUCACCCUCUGUGUUGGCUGCGUAUACCAGUGCAACUACGUUUGUGGGCCUUGUUGAGAGUUUGUUCAAUCAACACCCACAAUUGACUGAGCGGAUGUGGUUCUUAUUCACGCAUGUCUUUUCUUGUGCAGUUGUUUUGGGGUCAAUAGCAGCCAAGUCCCAGAUGGCACUGUCGCGUUCAGCGCUGUCCCAUUUAGAUUCCGCCUAUAAUCUUUUUUCUCGGGUUUCAGAUCACGCUCGUGCAGGGAAGAUACUCGCCAUUCUGCUUAAAUUGAAAGAUAGGGCACACAUGGCGCAGUCGAAUGUGAGUCUGCCAACACUGUCUGAAACGGCGACCCGCCUUGCUUUCUAUGGACCAAAAAUCAAGAGUGAAGUUGAUGAAUUGUCUGCGCUGGGCGGUAUGACGCGACUGGUUUCUCGGCGUUCCUCUUCAUCCCCUUCUGUGUCCGCUCCCAGCCCAACAUCACAGCAUUCUUCUCCUCCAAUCAUCUCCGAGUCUCAAGUGUAUUUACCGCAACAAGAACCCUCGUCGUCUUCGGGUUGGCAAAAUUAUACCCACAUCCAAAACUUCAACGUCAAUAUCAACAUGCCAGGGGAGUACUACUCCGCUAGCAUGCCCGUUACGCCCAACUCGCAGCAUAAUACACCUCCGGAUAUAACAAUGCUGUAUCAAAUGCCAGGGCAUAUGCCCGCCCAUCAGCCCCAUCAGCCCGCCCACCACCAGACUCAGAGCAUCCCUAUCGACAUGGGUGCCCAUGACCCUUAUUACAUGAACGGGUACGGGCCUGGGUACGUCAAUGGCAAUGGAGGCGGAUACCUGCCUUCACAUAUACAAGAAGGGCCUUCACCUCAUGACUUGCAGGACUCAUGGCAGAACUUCAUGGCACAAUACAAGUCAUGAU